UAAACCAAAACAAACAUGGAUCACUUUUCCAGCUUCUCGAUCUUCCUAUUACUUUCACAAUGUUUUGGAAGUAUCUUAAUGUUUUCAGGAAUGUUAGAUAUAGAAGAAAUAAACAACGUUAACUAUGGAAUAGAUAUUUUAAAAGAGCCAGUCUUGCUAAAGCCGGAGGUAGAAUUGGCGGUGAAUCACAUCCAUUUGACAUCAAAAUAUGGACAGAGAUACCAAUGUCAUUUUCCAGACCAAGUGGAAACAGAAAGAAAAACUGAAGAAAAGGAAAAAGAAGCUUUAGAAACUGGAAUUCCUGAAUUACUUAAACCAUUAGAAUCUGUACCUUGUUUGCUGAAGGCAAAGGAUUGGUGGAGUUAUGAGUUCUGCUAUGGAAAAUAUAUUCGACAAUUUCAUAUUGAAGAUGGAAAGAUACUUGGAGAUAUUGUAUAUUUAGGUUACUAUGAAUCAGAGAAGGACUGGUCAGAAAGAGAAGAGUCCUAUAACAAGUUAAACAGAUACCAUUCUCAGUCAUAUGUCAAUGGGUCAAAGUGUGAUCUUACUGGUGAUAAAAGGAAAACAGAAAUUAGGUUUGUAUGUGAUGAGGGAUCAGGGGAUCACAUAGGGAGAAUAGAUGAGCCAGAGACCUGUAGUUAUGUAAUGACUAUCCACACAAACAAGAUAUGUCACCAUCCUUACCUUAAACCAAUCAAACAAAGCCAGGCUGUGCCCAUAACUUGUAAUCCUUUGUUGACUGAAGAACAGUUUGCUGAAUAUAAUCAGAUGGUUGAGGAAGAAAAAGAAAGGAAAAUGAAAGAGGAAGAAGAGAAGAGAAUGAAACAAGCAGAACAGAAAUUACAUUAUACAGAAACAGUAGACGAAGUAGAUGAAGAAGGAUUUCAAGUUUUUGAUGAGAAUGGUGAAUUAAAAAGUAUCAAUGAUGUCAACUGGAAUGCAGAUAGCAAAACUGAUUCACUUAGUAGUUCACUGAAAGAUGCGGAACUAAAAGUGAAAGUACAGGUCAUAAAUAACAUGGAUGACCUGGAAAAAGUGUUCAAAGAUUUAAAGAAAACUGAAAAUGCAGGUGGUAAAUUGACAUCAGAUUCUGUGGUGAAUCUUAAUGACAAAAAUUCAGAAACAGAUGAAGACACAGAUGAAAAAGAUACAGAAAGUUCAAAGAAAACUACUCUUACUUUUGAAAAAAGCAAACCAAAAGAUAAGUCAAAAUCCUUGGUGUCAGAAGUUGUUGAAGAGAUGGACCAAACAGAUAAAACAGAAGAUAUGGAUGAUCUCCUUGAUGAAGAUGACAAUUCCUUGAUUGAAGAAUUUGAUAAAGGAUUAAAGGACACAAAAUUUACAGAUUUGAAGACUAGGCUUGAGAAAAACAAAGCAUCUUUAUCAGAUUUACAAAGUCAAGUUAAAGAAGCCAUGGAGCAAGAAAUGGAUAGUAUUAUCGAGGAGGCUGAGGAAGAAGUGGGUGUAACCUUUGAAGAAAAGAAAAAGUCUUACAAGCAUCUGACAGAAUCACUAGAAAACCUUAUAAAAAGAUUAGAUAAUACACAAGAAGAAAUAGACAAGGUUGAUAAACAUAUAGAAGAAGCCACUGAUGAUUUGACUGCAUUGAAAGAGGAAACAGAUAUAAAAGAAAAAAUUCAAGGACCUGACAGUGAUGAUAGAGUAAAAGUUCGAGUCACACGAGUUAACAAGAAAGAUUUACAGAAAACAGAUGAUAAAAAACAGACGUCAGAAAUAGAAAAUGUAGAAAUUCAGAUAAAAGAUGAAUUGGAAAAAGCAGGUUUAGAUUUAGCAGGUGGCAAAGUACAAGUUAAAAUAAUAACAGCUGGUUAUUAUGACAAGAAAGGAGAACCAAUUAAAACGUUAUCAGCAGAUGAUUCAGAUGCAUUUAAAAAUAUGAUAGUCUCUAUACUGGGAGGAGAUCAUGAAGCAGCGCAGGAAGCAAAUAAAUACCAAGAACAGGAAGACAAUUACAGCUUUGUAUGGCAAAAUAAAGACAAGAAAACCUCAUAAUCUUAUAAUCCAGUUAUCUAGUUAUUGUUGGAUAUUAUAUACAAUUUUUAGUGGUCUUAUCUGUUAAUUUUGUUAUACAGAGUUUAAAGAUUGGUUGUCUUUAUUUUGUAGAAACUAGCUUAAAAUUGACACUCAUUGUUAUUUUCAGUAUUUUUUUUUUUAGUCGUGGGAAUUUAUUUUGUAGCGUGAAAGAUCCAGCUUCAAUUCUCUUGUUUAGCUUUUAUUGUAUAUCCUGAUUCAGUUUCAGAAUUAAUAUGUUGUGGUUUAACUUUUAAAUUUACAACAGUCGAAGAUGUCUGGACAAUUGCAAAGAAUCAGUCUUUUUGGAAAUAGUACUUAUUUCUAAAAUUACAUAAUAAAUAAACUUUAAGAUUCAAUGAUAUUAUGCUUUGCAAAAUCUGCAGCAUUUAUUUAUAUAAUUAGUGUAGAAAUAUACAUCUAUCCAACGGGUACAUUCAAUGGUGCUGAUAGUCUUUGUCUACAUUAGUCUAACUAAGUUUUAUCAUAAUCACAAACCAGAGAAGUUUAAAUAUUUUUAGCUCACAUGGCCCUAUGAGCUUAUGUCUUCCGUCGUCUGUCGUCGUAAACUAUUUCAAGAAUCUUCUCCUCUGAAACUACUGGGCCAAAUACCUUCAAACUUUAACUGAAUGUUUCUUAGGGUAUCUAGUUUAUAAAUUGUAUCCGAAGUUUUGAUCCAUCAACAAACCUGGAUGCCAUGGCUAAAAAUAGAACAUAGGGGUCAAAUGCAGUUUUUGGCUUAUAUCUCAAAAACUAAAAGAUUUAGAGCAAAUCUGACAUGGGGGUAAAAAUGUUCAAUAGGUCAAGAUCUAUCAGCCAUGAAAUUUUCAGACGAACCAAACAAUCCAUUGUUGGGUUGCUGCCACUAAAUUGGUUUUUUUAAGAAAUUUUGCAGUUUUUGGUUAUUAUCUUGAAUAUUAUUGAAGAUAAAGAUAAACUGUAAACAGCAAAAAUGUUCAGCAAAGUAAGAUCUACAAAAAAGUUUAUGACCAAAAUUGUCAAUUGACCCCCUUAAGGAGUUAUUUUACACAAUAUGUUCAUCAUGUUUGCUAACAUUUGAAAAUCUUCUCUUCUGAAUUUACUAGGCCUAAUACUUCUAAACUUUAACUGAAUGUUCCGUAGGGCAACUGGUUUAUAAAUUGUAUCCGUAGUUUUGAUCCAUUAACAAACAUGGCCGCUAUGGCUAAAAAUGGGACAUAGGGGUCAAAUGCAGUUUUUGGCUUUUAUCUCAAAAACUAUAGCAGUUAGAGCAAAAGUGACAUGGAGUUAAAGUGAUGAAUAAGUCAAAAUCUAUCUUCUAAAACAUUUUCAGACCAAUUGGACCACCCAUUGUAGGGUUGCUGUCCGAAAUAGUUUAUUUUUAUGAAAUUUUACUGUUUUUUGGUUAUUAUCUUUAGUAUUAUAAUAGAUAAAGAGAAAGUAUAAAUGGCAAUAAAUGUUCAGCUAAGUAAGAUCUACAAAGUAGUCAAUUGUCCCGUUAAGGAGUUAUUGCCCUUAAAAUGUUUUUUUUUUACAUUUUUUGUGAAAGUCUAAUUUCUUUUUCAAAAAUCUUCUCUGAAACUACUUGGCCAAAUACUUUUAAAAAAACUUUAAUUGAAUGUUCCUUAGGGUAUUUAGUUUAUAGAUUGUUUUCGGGGAUUUGAUCCAUUCAAAAACAUGGGGCAGUUUCUAAAAAUAGAACAAAGGGGUCAAAUGAAGUUUUUGGCUUUCAUCUCAAAAACUAAAGCAGUAAGAGCAAAACUGACA